AUGAAUAAAUAUGCUGAGGGAUACCCUAAUGCUCGUUAUUAUCAAGGCUGCCAAUAUAUUGAUAAAAUUGAAGAGUUAGCCAUUGAUUUAGCCAAAAAAUUAUUUGGGGUCGAAUAUGCUAACGUCCAACCACAUUCCGGUUCCCAAGCUAAUCAAGCCGUCUAUUUAGCCCUUUUAAAACCUGGUGAUAAAAUAUUGAGUUUAAAUUUGUUGGCCGGAGGACAUUUAACUCAUGGAGCCAAAGUAAAUUUUUCCGGAACCUUUUACCAAGUUCAUUAUUAUAACCUCAAUCCUCUUACACAAAAAUUAGACUACGAAGAAGUUGCCAAAACCGCCCAAGCAGUUAAGCCAAAAUUAAUUAUUGCUGGUUAUAGUGCUUACAGUCUAAAAAUUGAUUUUGCUAAGUUUCGAGAAAUUUCUGAUGAAGCAGGUGCUUAUUUACUGGCUGACAUCGCCCAUGUGGCUGGCUUGGUGGCUGCUGAACUAUUUCCUAAUCCUGUUCCUUACGCUGAUGUAAUUACUUUUACCACUCACAAAACUUUAAGAGGACCUCGCGGAGCCGUAAUUUUGACUAAAAAAGCGUUGGGACAGAAAAUUGAUAAAGCUGUCUUUCCAGGCAACCAAGGAGGACCAAAUUUAGCAAUUAUUGCCGCCAAGGCUCAAUGUUUUUGGGAAGCACUCCAACCAGAAUUCAAAGAAUACCAAACAAGAGUAUUAAAAAAUACGAAAGUUAUGGCUGACUACUUUCAAAAAAAAGGAGUGAAAAUAAUUAGUGGCGGCACCGAAACUCAUUUAUUAUUAAUCGAUACUAAAAGUAGUUAUAAUUUAACUGGAAAAGAAGCAGCAAAAAGGUUAGAAAAAGUGGGUUCACCGGCUUUAACUACUCGUGGUUUAGGAGAAAAAGAAUUUCAAUUAAUAGCAGAAACUAUUGACUUUGUUUUGACAAAUCACCAUAACACCAAAACAAAAAAACUGUUUGAGGAAAAGUGA